AUGGUACAAUGGGAUGAAUGUGACGAGUGGACACAUUACGAUUGUGCAAACGUGACCGAUGAUGUGGUGAACCACGCAUGGAGCUGUGAAAAGUGUGCAAACAAGCUGAAAUCAACAACAGCGGCAGAGGGCGUGCAAAUGGCGGUGCCAAAAGCAGUGACAGCAGCACAGCAGACGAUUUCAUCGGUAACAGCGAAAGGGGUAUCUUCGUGCGAACAACUUAUGGCGGGAAAGUUUCUGGCGGGCGAAAAGACAGGUACAAAGGGUAAGUCGCAGAAUAUGGUGGACGAAGAAGUAUUAGGCAAUAAUGCGCAAAAACGUAAGACGAAUGAACACAUGUGCGAUGAAUUACAAAGCAAAUGUGGGUCCAAUAAAUCAAAGCGUAACUUACGGCUGGAUUUGAUGCGUUUAGAAGAAAAGAAAAGGGCAGAAUUGGCAUACGUAGAACAAAAGUAUGCAAUUAUGAAAGAAUAUCAGGGUGAAUCUGAUGAGGAAGGAGAUCUCUGCUCAGUUCAGGAGCAACGCACUAUUCAAUGGGCUAAUAGUCAACGUCUUAGGGUAACUGAUGGGGCAAAUGACAAUAUUGGCCAACGUGAUGGUAUGCAUAACGAACGCGCGAUUUUCGGGUAUCAACCAACUGAAGCUGCAUUGCAUACAUUAACGGCUUUGCAAAUAAGUUCACGGCAGGUUGUUUCGCGGGAUCUCCCACCGUUUAGUGGCAAGCCAGAUGAAUGGCCAUUAUUCAUAAGUAGUUUCGAAAAUUCUACGCGUUUAUGCCGGUUUAGUAACGACGAAAAUUUAUUACGUCUUCAGCGCGCCUUAAAAGGUAAAGCUUAUGAGUACGUAAGUAGCAAAUUAAUGAUUCCCAGUCUUGUACCCGAAAUAAUUUCAACGCUCAAGAUGGUGUUUGGUAGGCCAGAGCAUAUUUUCAAUAACCUUCUGUCAAAGAUACGUGCAUCCCCGGCAGUGAAUGUAAACAGGCUUGACUCUUUAAUCAACUUAGCUUUGGAAGUAAAAAACCUGGUGGCAACAAUUGAGGCGUCAGGUUUGACAGCACAUUUAAACAACCCUCUGUUAAUACAGGAGUUGAUAGAUAAAUUGCCAUCACAAAUUCGGUUACAAUGGGCCAUGUUUUCAAGAAACGAACCUCUGUGUACGUUGAAACAGUUUAGCGAUUGGCUAUUUGAUAUGGCCGAAGCAGCCAGCAGUGUUAUCUCAUUGACAACAGCAAGUACGGACGCGGAGCGACGUAAAACGCAACGCGUUAGUGUACAUAGAGAAGUACCAGAACAUAAACGGAGCGUAGGGUGCUAUUUCUGUGGUGAAGAUCAUUACAUUUCUAAAUGCAAGCGCUUUUGUAAGCUCAAUGCCAGCGAAAGGUGGGAGGAGGUUAAAAAGAGAAAGUUGUGUCGCCGUUGUCUAGUAAAGCAUGAUUUUAAAACAUGUCAUAAUCGUAAGGCGUGCGGUGAAAACGGAUGCACGUAUAUGCAUCACCCACUUUUGCAUGCUGAGAAGAGAACGGGUGCUGAAACGUAUGAAGCAACAGUAGCAGUGCACCAUACACGUACUUCAAAUGUGUUGUUUAGAAUUGUACCCAUCACAAUUUAUGGUAAAAAUAAAAGGCUAAAUAUUUUCGCAUUCUUGGACGAUGGUUCCGGACCGACUCUAAUAGAAGAAAGCAUUUUAGACGAUCUUGAAAUCGAAGGCCCUAAGAAAGAAUUGUGUCUUAGCUGGGCAGAUGGGACUACCCGAAAAGAAGUAGCUUCACAAAUCAUCAACCUGAAUGUGUCAUCGAAAGACAAGUCUAACCGUAAAUAUACGCUUGUCGAUGUACGCUCAGUUAAAUCUUUGGAUUUACCUUGCCAGACCUUACACCUUCAAGAGCUGCUUGACAAGUACAAACACCUAAGAGGGUGUCCUCUAGAAUCUUAUUACGACGUUGUUCCCAAAUUAAUAAUUGGUGUCAACAACAAGAACUUGUCCAUUCCAUUGAAAUAUAGAGAGGGUAAAGCUAACGAGCCAGCAGCAACAAAAACCAGGCUAGGCUGGGCUAUUUAUGGUAAUCUCGACCGCAGCCCACUUCCGUCUCACCACCAGCUGCAUAUAUGUGAAUGCAGUGAUGACGCAAGCCUCCAAGGCCUAAUGCUUGAUGCCAUAAGAUUGGAUCAAGAUCCUCUCGAAGGCAAGGAUUUGAUGCCCGCUGAGCUGACAGGAAAAGUAACACGUGACGGCGAACGGUUUAUAGCGAAGCUGCUGUGGAAGAGAGAGGAUGUUGUCAUGCCACGUAACUAUGACAUGGCGCUGCCAAGACUGAAAUGCUUUGAAGGAAAACUCCUCAAAAGUGCAGAACAGAGAUGCGAAACCAUCAAACAUAUAAAACAAAUGGAAACGAAAGGCUACAUUCGUAAACUGUCCGAAGAAGAAGCCACUAAUUUUGGACCACGUACUUGGUACUUGCCGAUGUUUACCGUUAGGAACCCGAACAAGCCGGGAAAAUUGAGAGUCGUCUGGGACGCUGCAGCGAAAUACGAAGGUGUUUCACUCAAUGAUCAACUCGAUAAAGGCCCCGAUUUGAUAGUAUCUUUACCGGGAGUACUAUACAACUUCCGCAUAGGGAAAAUAGGCAUAUGCGGCGAUAUAAGUGAGAUGUUCCACCAAGUGGGUGUGAGUAAGUCGGACCAAAACGCGCAACGUUUCCUAUGGCGAGAUUGUGACCCAAUACGGAAACCUGACACAUACGUAUUACAAGUUUUGCGUUUCGGAGCCAGCUGCUCACCUUCGCUUGCGUUAUAUGCCAAGAACAAAAAUGCCAAGGAGUUUGAGCAUAAGUUUCCCGCUGCUACGCGAUGUAUAAUAGAAAGGCAUUACGUUGACGAUAUGCUCGACAGUACAAAUACGGUCGAAGAUGCGAUUAAACUUGCUAAAGAUGUACGUGCAAUACACGCACAUGGAGGUUUCAGAAUCAGAAACUGGCUGAGUAACUCUCCAGACUUAUUACUGGCAUUGGGUGAAGGUAGUACUAAUGAGAACUUUUGCAAAGCAGGUCGCACACUUGAGCACGUUAUUGAAGCGGAUAAAAUUCAGGAAUCUACAGAUAUCGGAAAUUGGAAUUAUGUCCCCACAAAGCUUAAUGUUGCAGACUUGGCAACGAAAUGGAGUCGGUCGCCAGAAUUUAGCAAAGAAUUCGCAUGGUUCACAGGGCUCUCAUUCCUGAAGCUGCCAAAAGACGAUUGGCCUAAUCAAAACGUAAUCAGCUCUGAAAGUCUACAAGUAUGCAACGAGGAGGUUGAACUGCAGAAGGUCGCCGUAACAAUUCAGAAAUCAGCUGUUAUAGAUGCAAACCGUUUCUCUAAAUGGGAGCGCCUGCUAAGACUAAUGACUGGUUCGACGUCAUGA